CUUUUGGUGGCGGUGCUGGUUCGGACGUCGAAGUCGGUGUCCAAAUGCAGUUGUCAGGAGCUUAGAUUUGCUGGGCGUUUCCAAGCGUCCACAGCAGUAACGUUAGCGUGCCGCCUACCUAUGAGUCUUGCACGUGGAAUCCUACAGGGGAUCCCCACCGCCGUCCCGCUCAACACCGGAAGCUUGGCGUUUCUUGAAGUGCCCCGCAGCACAAUCCUCACUUCACUUUUGAAGCCAGCCCUAUGAACCGAGAAACUCAACACGCUGCUCGCACAACAGGCCGAGUCGAUGCGCCGUCGCGCUGCUUCGAUCCCGGCACAACAUAGUCAUCGACAUGGCAAAGGGAUUGCCCGAAGAUGUCGCGCCGCCGGAUUAUGACUUGAUCAAGAAUUGGAGGUCCAUCGUCACACUUGUGGUCUUUGUUGUGACUAAUCUUUUCGUACUCUUCCCGUUUCACAUCCCUAUCUACAUUCCUCGAAGACUUUUCAACGCUUUUCUUGACGGCUUGAGCACCGUGCGCAUCAUUCCUCCCAGGGGUUCAGAAGACGACGACGAUGGGUCACGGCAUGAAGACCAUGGCUCUCGCACCACUCGCAAGCCCUCGCGGUUUGUGCGUCUCGACUUCAGCAUUGACAUCGUCACCGCUCCUCUCAUUGCCGACCUCUUCCUGCUCGCCAUCCUGGCCAUCGGCCGCCAGGAGGUCGAGGAGGGGACACUGGGCGCCAACAACAUCUCACCCCUCGACAUCAUGCUGUUUUUCAUCACACUCGCAUACAUCGCCAUCUCGAUCGACGCCUCCGGCGUCAUCAGGUAUCUGGCCUUCAAGGUGCUCCAAUGGGGAGGCGAGGUCGGUCACCGCCUCUUUUUCUACCUGUACGCCUUCUGGUUCGCGCUCACCAGCUUUGUCGGCAACGACCCGGUCAUCCUCUCUGGGACCGCCUUCUUGGCCUAUAUGACGCGCGUCUCAAGCAACAUUGUCCACCCGCGUGCAUGGAUAUACAGCCAGUUUGCCGUGGCCAACAUCGCGUCAGCCAUCCUGGUGUCCUCGAACCCAACCAACCUGGUCCUCGCGGGCGCCUUCGAAAUCAAAUUCAUCGACUACACAGCAAACAUGAUUGUGCCCGUCAUCAUCACUGGCAUCGUUUUAUUCCCGUUUCUGCUUUACAUCGUCUUCAACAACGAGUCACUCAUUCCGCGCUCCAUCAAGAUGCACGAGCUCCCAGAGGAGGCCAGAACGCGGAAACCCGUCAACCCCAACAUUCCGCACGGCAGGGGGGCCGCAGAAGAACAGGAAGACGCCGCCGGCGAACAAGGGAAAUUGCUGUCUCUCGAGGAGAUCAUCAAUCCCUUCCUGGACCGCAAGGGUGCCAUAUUUGGCGCCGUCAUCAUGGCCGCGACACUCAUCGCCGUCCUGGCCCUCAACGCUGCCACCACCGGAACCCAUACCACUCCGGUGUACUACAUCACCUUGCCGGCGGCCGUUGUCAUGUUUGUAUGGGACGUGGCUUUUGGUUGGAUCCACCGCCAUGAAACUCGCGAGAUUGCGCGCAAGGGCCGUGAGGAAGUGGAGCGCCUGCGGCUGGAACGAGCGCUGCAGGAGGAAAAGAAGAGAGCCAUUGCGGGUCAAGGCCACUCCGCGUCGUCCGACUUGUCCAUCUCUGCUCAGCCGACUUCUCCUGAUCCUCGACUGAAAGCUCGAAAGAGCGGUGUAGAGAAUGCGAGUGUUGAUGAGACCGCGACAACUGGAAACGCUUCCGAGAAGUCACCGACGAAGGAGCCCGAGACAGAGAACAGCCGCGAGCAGAACACCAUGGUCAACACACCUCUGACCCCGAAGCGUCAGCAUCAACCAACCACCCUCGUGUCCCUUUCUAAAGACGCCUUUCGAUGGUCCCAAGAGACAUUCCCCACCGCCACAGCUGUGAUAGCCCACCUUCCCUUCGCGCUUGUGCCCUUUGCCUUUUCCAUGUUCGUCCUGGUCCAAGCGCUGGUGACCAAGGGCUGGGUGCAAAUAUUUGCUCUGGGAUGGGAUAUCUGGGUGCGCAAGACGGGCACAACAGGCGCAAUCGCCGGGAUGGGAUUCCUGUCCGUCAUUCUGUGCAACUUCUCCGGCACCAACAUCGGCACAACCAUCCUCCUCUCGCGUGUGAUACAGGCCUGGAAGGUGAUCCACCUCUUCGACGAGACGCCCAUCGCCAACCGGACCUUCUGGGCGACCGUCUACACCAUGGCGCUCGGCGUCAACUACGGCGCCUUCAGCACCGCCUUCAGCGCCUCGCUCGCCGGCCUGCUGUGGCGCGACAUCCUGGGCAAGAAGCACAUCCACGUGCGUCGGCUGGAUUUUGCCAGGGUCAAUCUCCCUAUCAUCGCCAUUGCCAUGACGGUCGGGUGUGUGGUGCUCAUUGGAGAGGUGUGGAUUAUGCGGGAUAUGAGUCCUAUAGAUCUGCGAUGAUUCCUUGGAUUGAGGGGUUUAGUGCGGCAUUUAGACCUGAUUUCUAAGUUGUACUGAUGAAGCCAUGACAUUGUUUCUAGCGGAUUCAGCUAAAGAGCGAACGAGUGAAAUGGUACUUGAUUUGUGUUUCGAGUCGUAAAUACCAUAAUGUUAACCUGGCUGACACUUGAUUUAACUAUACUUUUCUUGUUUAUGAGGCAAUAGACGACAAGAAGGAAACGGAGACAAAAGGAAAGGAACAUCUCAGGUAGCGACAACUCCCUCCCGAGUCUCGCCCCUCCGUAACGAACAUGCUCAACUCUGUUCAACGCUUUAUUCAAGCUUUCUUCGCCUCCU